CAGGAGAUGACCAGAGACUGCGGACACAGUACAGGGGAUGACCAGAGACUGCGGACAGUACAGGGGAUGACAGAGACUGUGGACACAGUACUGGAGAUGACCAGAGACUGCGCACAGUACUGGAGAUGACCAGAGACUGCGGACAGUACAGGGGAUGACCAGAGACUGCGGACAGUACAGGGGAUGACCAGAGACUGCAGACCUUUAGGGAGGGAGGGGAAGCGGGUACCUGAAUUUGACAGAAGACACCGGACCAUUCACAAAGUGCAGAGCUUCUUGCGCAUGCGCAGUGGGCACCCGGCUGUCACAGAUGCCGGGGCAAGAAGAAGCCAGCGCGGGAAGACUACAGCGCUGGACCAAGGAACAGGUGAGUUCCUGCCACAGAGAACAGCUGGGUGGCCGGCCCGGUAUUCUGACAUGGUGGCGGCGGAAAUACCGGACCAGCCGCUUUAUAUUCACUCCAUAAGACGCACUGACAUUUUCCCCCCUUUUUGGGGGGGGAAAAAA